GUGAUGCCCUGUAGCCUGACAGCAAUCGUGUCAGACAGACAACCCAUUUUGUUGUAAGUCGGCUGGAUUAUGGGCAGCGAAGCGUGCCACACUGAAUUGGUUGGUCUGGUGGUGUUAUCUCUGGCCUUGUUGAUCUCUUUGUGUCUCAAUGUCAUCUUCUAUAUCAGACGGACAGCCUCUUUGUGCAGAGAUGGCUGCUGGCACCCACACAUUAAUGACGGAGAAAGCCCGUCACAGAAUGAAGGGCAUUAUUUUCAUGACCUCAAUCAUCACGAGCAGCAGGAAAAUCCCAACGAUCAUCAUGAGCAACAGGAAAAUCCAAUCUAUGGCAACAUCAACACAGAUAGAAGAGAUUCAGGUCCUGUAGAGGUUUGCUAUGAGAUGAUGACCAUGAAACACACAAGAGAUCAUAUGAAGCCACCACAGUCUGACCUGAAUUAUGCCUCGCUGGAUCUGAAGCUGGCCAAGAAACGCAAGAAGAAGUAUCGCUAUCAGCAGGGCCAGAACCAGGGACGAAACAAACUUCAAGAUCAGCCGCCAGGCCACCUCACACACCCCGUCAACGCUUUCUCGGAGGUGGAAGCAGACAUGGAUGCUCACCUUCCUCCCAGAGACACCAGCACAAUGGUUUCGCACAGUAGCAUCUACCUGAACAGUCAACAGAUAGCCCAAGAGACAGAGGAUAUGGAAAGAGAAAGGAGUAUAAAUAUAGAAAAGGAGAGUAUGGGUUGGGAGGGAAUGAGAAGGCGGGAAGAUGGGGGAAGUAGAAAAUGGAUAGGAGAAGAAGAGAGUGAGGAAAGACAAAAUAAUGGGAGUGUAUGCACACAGCUUCCAGAGAUAGAAGCUAUUCAGAGUGACGCGAAUCACUUCAUCAGCAAUUUUAGCCCUGAUAGUGACCAACAAGAUUAGGCAGACAUCAUGUCACGACUCUUUUCUCGUUUCAAACUAGGCCACCUGAAAAAGUCAAUAAAAACUACUGUCCAUUACUGUGUCUGCAAGAAUGAAAACUACAUCAUCUUCAACAUUCAAUGAGCUUUGCACAGUUGAGCAAUUUCCUGAUGCAAAGAACCUAUCUCUUGAACUCUCCACAUUGAGCAACUGAGGGAAAAAGUGUACCUUUCUAUGCAGAGGAUGUAAUAAAAAAAGGAAACUGUGUGUGACAUUUAGAGGUCAAGGGCCACAUGGAAAUUUUAAAAAUUUGUUGCGAAAGACAAGGAAAACAUCAGCUCAUCAGAGGAUUAUUCAUUGUUUUGAUGUCUUGUCUCACAGAAGGGUGUGAGGGGAAAAAUCUUUUACAUUUGUUUUCCAUGCUGUAGACCAGACCUCAAGAGGCAACACUUUCUAGGGCAAAUGUGCUUUCCUUCACAAGUGAAUCUGUUUUUCGGUCGUGUUAUGACUGGAGAUAAAACGAAUGUGAAGAUAAAAUUAAAAGGCAAGGCACUAGAGAGAGGAAAGCUAUAAGUACGAUAUACUGUGAGUAAUGCAAUUUUAUUUUCCCUGUGGGCAUAUUGUUAUGUAAAUGUAACCCACGGAGGAUUUUCCACGUCAACAUUGUGAUAAUGGUCAUUACCCUUAUAAUCUAUUGCACUUAUGAGCUAAUGUGCCAUCUGCUUAAAUGAUUAUUUCUCUCUCUGUAAUCCCCACUUGGAAAGGAUAAUUUCCUGCCCUACUAUCUGCUGAAGGAACUGAGCUCUGAAGUUAACACAGCAGUGAGAAGCCUGCAGCACACUUACUG